ACAUUUCUAUUAUAUGCAAUUAGAUGAGUACUAUAUUAUUAUGUUGAUGAACAAUAUAUAUUAUAUUGAUGAACAAUGAAUUAAUGCUUAUGAAACUUUCCUAACGAUUGACGCUAUUUUACUUUACUAUCAUUUACAUAUCACAUUUAUUUCAUUUUGAUCAUAUAAUUUGGAGCAGCAGCUAUUAUGAAAUUUUACGCCUUAUAACGUUUCAAUCAAAAGGAAAAAAGACGGUUUAUGAUCAUACGAAGGAAAAUGGUUUCUUCGAUGUUAUAUGGUGCUGAAUAAUUAAAACAACAUAAGAAAUAGAGAAAAGAGAGAAUAAGAAAUGGGGAGACAGACUAAAAAAAAAAAGGAAAAAAGAAAGAAAGAGAGAGAGAGAGAGAAAGGAAAAGAUAAUGUGACACAGAAUUUACAGUUUGUAUUAAAAGAAUGUAUAACUAAAGAUAACGAUAUAAGCAACAAAGGAAUAAUAAUAAAAAAAAAAAAAGAAGAAAAAGAAAAAAAGAAAAGGCAGAGAAUGCGGUAAAUACAAAAGUUUACUGUAAACUUAGCAAAAAGUGAUGUUUGGAAUGCCUUGUAUAUGUGCCAGCUAUUUAUAUUUACAUUUAUAUUAUUAUAAAACAUAUUCUCAGAAGUCGCAUCAAAGCUUUACUUUUGUCGUAUACACAUAUACACUCUUUAAAUAGUAUUAAUGAAAAGUGAUCAUUAUAUAAAUCACUUACACGUAUUGGUUUGUACCAAUACUACUUACAAUAUAAGCAGGAGAGCAAAAUAACAAUUACAAAAUAUGCUGCGAGUCAGAUAUUAUACCAUUAUAUAAAUUAUGCUUUCUUAAAUAUAAAUAUUAUUUGUAACAUUUAAAAAAAAUAUAUAUAUAUAUAAUAUAUAUAUAUAUAUAUAUAUAUAUAAUUGCAUAUAAGUAAAGACAAAUACAAAAGAAUGUACUAUUACGUUACCCCUUACAGAUAAAUAAUAUUAGGAUUAUAUUCUUAUUAUCUCAUAAUACUCGCAGUAGUUGUACCGCCUAGUUUGUUUUCUUCUCACUUGACAUUUUCACGCUUUGACAUCUAUUAUUCUGAGAUUAGAACAAUUGCGUGAAUGAUUUACUAUAUAUGUAACUUGGUUCCUUAAUUUUCAAUCAAUAAAAAGUCAUGUAAUUAAGAAAUAUAAUAACUUAAAAUUAUUCUUUUCUGUUGUUUAGAUUAUAAAAACCCGAAUCUCCUUGCCCUGUACACCCAGCCAUAGUCGCUUCUCUUUUUGUCAAAUUGUAAAUCUUCAAUGUGAUAUAUUUCUCAUGUCAAUGAGAAUACAAUAAAUCAUAUAUAGACCGAUGCAUACUGUUAAACCAGUAAUAUAUCUUAUUUCUUUUGAAACAUAUUACAUUUACAUGAACUUUGUAAAUAUAUACAUACAAUUUAUGCCAAAGAGAACAAAAAUAUAUCAAAAUCUUUUUACUGAAGCAUUUUAUGUCAGAAACUAUUUAAUCAUUUUACUGAACUGCACUACUAUUCAUUUUCUCAGGUAUUUUAUCUCUUAUAGUAUUAAAACAGAUAGGCUACAUUCUAUAUCUCUGUUAUCACUUGUUAUCUAUCGCCGUUGAUUCAUCAGUCGACAAUCAACGCUACACCCAGUUUUUUUUUAUCCACUGAAAAGAGUUAUUCUAUUAUCCUCUUAAAAAGUGAACUAACUUAUAACAAUUUAUCAAUUUAAAAUGUAUUCCAAAAAAUUACUGUUCUACCUUGCAGUUGGUUUUCUUAUUAUGGGAAUCUUUAUCGACGAAACAGAAGCAAGACGUAAAAUACUACGCGGUCGUAAAACAAUAACAAGGCAAUAUUACAGAGGUACAGCUAUACCUGCAUGGUCGAUAGUACUACUCUGUGGGAUUAGUAUGUUACUCAUAGGCGGUGGUCUUUAUGUUUUACUACAAAAAUUUGUAGUUGAUGCAGCUGAUACAUCAAAAAGCCAUUCGUAUCAACCAGCAUUACAAAAUGAAGCAUAAUUUUUUUUUUUUUUUUUUAAUAAAUUAUUAUAAUUAUUUGUUUUUAUAUAUACGUUUAUCAAAAUCAUUAAAUUAUAAUUCAUGUAUAUCUUCUUAACUUAUGUAUCAAUAGGAUGGUGAUCAAUAUAUUUUUAAUAUUACAUCUAUCUGUAUAAACACAGUGAUAAUAUUUUAUUUUUUCUCCAUCACAAUUACUUCAAAUUUUGUAUUUUGCAUUAAGCAAUGUCAUUUAAUAUCAUUAUUAAUCAUUUCUCAUUUCCAGGUUAUUAAUUGACUACAAAUAUUUAAACUAUCAAAUAUUCCACGCAUCAUUAAUUAUAUUGCAUUUUCUUUUUC